AUUUCUAUACACACACGCACAAAUACAAACGCAUGUCUUUAAAUAUAUUUCUGUUUCCUGGCCAAAUUACGUAAAAGUGUUUUUCUCUUAUGGAACAUCUAUGCAAAUUACUUUGUUUGGAUUUGUGCGGGGGGAUGGGUGGGCCAUGCAAAUCCUCAGAUAUGACAGAUAUCUCUAUGACUGCAUCCUACUCGGAGCCCGUGGAGUGUCUUAGCUAUACCAUCCGGCAUAAGUAUCCCAAACGACUGGUCACCUACGAUGCGGAGGCGCUAUGCGAGUCACGACUCAUACGCUACUCGGAUCUGACCGAAAGUGUCAUGGACAUCAUGAAGCCAGUCUGCCAAAAGCAGCAGGUGCAAAAGAGAGAUAAGGUUAAGACUGGCAAGUCUGAUGAUAAGGUCCGGGAACUUAUAAGAAAAUCUUGCAAGCCGCUCGGCUCCUGCGAAAAGUUAACGGAGCAGCGACUACAGCAGCUGGAGCGUUGCGGCAAGGAGCUGCAUCAAAUUACAGUUAGUCGUCUGUGCGCGGGCGACGGUCAAAGAACAAAGCCCACCUGGGAGAGCCUAAAACCCAUGCAGAAGUUCUGCUUCUAUUGGCAGGCGCUAACUGACCACGAGCUGCGGCCAACGCCCUACGAGAACUUCAAGGAAAUCUUCAUGAAGCGCUAUGUAAAGGAAUGCCCACAGGCCAGUGUGCGGCGCCUGCGCACCCUGGUGCAGCGCACCUGGCGGCGCAUGAAGGGUGAGCAGCGUGUGCCCUUUAAUCUGUACGCGCUGCUUUACCAUGUCAGCACCGGAGCUGUGGAUCCCUUCGAUCACUGUGCGGUGCGUGUGCUUUUGAAUCGUUGGCGCUGACCUUGGAACAAUUUUUUGGGCCUUUGGCUCGCUGUGGUUGUUUGUGGCCGCAUUAAAGUGUCUGUCAGGCAGCUGAAGAAAAUUUGAUUUCGAUUUUAAUUUCGCAAUUUUAUACAAAACAGAUGCUGGACAAUAUAACCAUAUGCGAUCUAUUUUUAUGCAGAGUUUCCACUUUUCACUUUGCCCGACUGAAGUGAUAGCCCUAGAUAAUCACAUGUACUCUGACUCUUUUCAGCUGUUUUCAUGAACUGUGCCAUUUUUGCACUUGAACCACAAUUGGGGAAAUGUUACAAAUCGAGGCGCCAAAAUUAUAAUGGAUCUCGAGCUCAUUUCGCACAUGUUUCAAGGUCGUCAUUUGACAUGACCUUGAGCUCUGUGUAUAAUGUAUACGCCGUGGAUUAUCGAGUAUCUAUUGACAUGUGGCAUUGGGCAUGAAAGGCAGCUCAAUUAAUGGCUGCAGUUGCUCAGAAAAAUACAGCUGGAUAUCAGCAUCAGGCAAUGUGCUCUUCCCAAAUCUCUGGGCAGCAAUUUCGAUGGUCAAUUUUGAUGGUUCGCACUUGCCGCCAACCUUCGAUAAUUCAAUUUUACCAUGCGCAUAAAUUAACAAUAAAAAAAUACUGUGUAUCGAAACAAGAACUAUUUAAAAUGUAAUUUGGAUUUUUUUACGAGCUCAAUGUUUAACUUUGUCGUGUCCAAAGAAAAUAAAAUAAAAUAAAAACAAUAAAUAAAA